AUGGAUGAUACAUUGCGCUCUUCACCUCUGGAUUUGAGUGAUUGCAGCAGCACUCCAACAGACUCUUUAACCUUACAACACAGCGUUCGCUUUUUAAUGUCGACAGUGAUAUUACUACAAGGACAAAUUGAUGAUGUUGGUGACGUUUUUACAGCGAAGAUAGAAAAGGACGUCAAUAUUCUUAACAAAGAAAGCUUUUCUGAUCACCUUACAAGGGAUAACAAGAAACGUUUGAAGCACCUCGAAAACGUAUUGCAAAACGCAGUUAUUUCAUCAACAGAAAGCCUUGCAAAAAUGAGAACAGCAUUAAAAGAAAUACAAAUAAUAUAUAGCAACAUAACUGAACCAAUGAUGAUGAAAACCCAACACAAAGAGUUAAAGGUUCAAGAUAAACAAAAGAUAAAAAUACCAGUUUCUCCAACAAGCGAAAGAGGCCAACAAAAGAAAUGCUGUUCCAACUCAGCCGAUCUUUUACAGCGUCAUAAAAAUACACACAAACAACACCAGACGCCGAACCACAGUUCUUCCGAUAAGUUAGUUCAUUAUUCAAAUCUGAAUGCUCCGGAUAUCACCACUAAAGCUGCAAGAUUUUUCGUUAUGAUUACCCGAAUAGAAGAUAGUAUUAACGAAUCGGUCCACACGAGCUUAUGGAGUAGUACGCCAAAUGAAAACAGAAGGCUAGAUAAAGCAUUCAAGGAAAGAGAUGGCAAAGGAUCCAUUUUUUUGUUCUUUAGGGUGAUUGGCAGUGAUCAAUUUUGUGGAAUGGCUCGUAUGCUCACGUCUAUUAACCACGACAUUGACAUUAAUGGCUGGAAGAAUGAUCGAUGCAGGGGACAUUUUCAUGUGGAAUGGAUAUAUUUGAAAAAUAUCCCAAAUAGAUAUUUUGAGCAUAUACACUUAGAAAAUAACAGAAAUAUGCCAUUAACAUAUUCCUUAGAAACCCAAGAGAUCCCAUAUAUCAAAGGAAAUCUUGCAUUUAAAAUAAUGCAAAAUUUUCGACUAUAUGAACCUUCUUAG